AUCACGUAAUAGCGACAUUUCAGCAAGCCAAUACAUGUGACUUCUGGUGAGACGGUGUUUUAUUUUGUCUCUCGAUUAAGUGACUUUUCACCUUCGUUAUCGACAAAAAAUCUCACCAAGCGACUAGGCUAGUAGGCUACGUAAGAGACUGAAAUAGGAUUGCAAUAUUCUGUAAAGUCACUGCUUCUCCUACUCUGAAAAACGGAGAAUUUGAGAAUGGAUUUAUUCAGUCGAUGAAGCAACAACGUACGCGGCCAGUGAAUCAUCUGUAUCUACAGAGAAUCGAAUUUUAAAGCUAUGCAGUACGGGAAAUCUUUGAGGAUCUUUGUUGGACGAUAUCCCAAAACGAUUGCUCUAGUUACAAUUACAGGAGUGGGACUAUUUGCUGUCCGAAGAUGGAUGUCAGGUGGGGUGUGUCGGAGCAAAGCUCGACUGGAUGGGAAGACUGUCCUGAUCACUGGAGCCAACACGGGGAUUGGCAAAGAAACAGCAGUUGAUUUGGCUAGCAGGGGGGCAAGGGUCAUUCUGGCCUGCAGAGACAUGACAAGAGCAAACCAAGCUGCAGAAGACAUUAGGCAGAGGAGUGGGAACGGGAAUGUGAUUGUCAAAAAGUUGGACUUGGCAUCACUGCAGUCAGUGCGACAGCUAGCCGAAGACAUCCUAGCAAGUGAAGAAAGACUAGAUAUCCUCAUCAACAACGCAGGUGUCAUGAGUUGUCCAAAAUGGCAAACUGAAGAUGGUUUUGAGAUGCAGUUUGGUGUGAAUCACUUGGGCCACUUCUUGAUGACAAACUGCCUUUUGGAUCUACUAAAGAAAUCAGCUCCAAGUCGCAUUGUCAAUGUCUCCAGUUUAGCUCACGAGAAAGGUGAAAUCCAUUUUGAUGACAUAAAUUUAGAUAAGGAUUAUAGUCCCUGGAAAAGCUACCGGCAAAGUAAACUGGCAAAUGUUCUCUUCACAAGGGAGCUGGCAAAACGACUUAAAGGCACCGGAGUCACCACCUACUGCCUUCACCCGGGCAUCAUCCACACUGAACUGGGCCGGCACUUUUGGCCCACCAUGCCCCUGUGGAAGAGAGUGCUGUACCAGCCUCUGAUGCUGCUAAUUAAGUCCCCAACGGAGGGAGCCCAGACCUCCAUCUACUGUGCCAUAGAGGAGAGCCUGAACAACCAGAGUGGACUCUACUACAGUGACUGUGUCCCUAAAGCAGUGGCCCCACAAGGCCAAGAUGAUGAAGCUGCUAAGAAGCUGUGGGAGUUGAGUGCUUCCAUGGUUGGUCUGCUAUGAUGAAUGGGGAGGGACCCCAGCAUAGUCAAUAGAGAAGUCACCCGAUCAAAUGUCAAUAUAGUCAGCUCAUAUUAUCACCUAAGUACAUUGCUCUUAACUUGUGCUUGUGUUAAAGAAAUAGGACGUAUCUGAUAAAUGUUUUAGAGACAUUUAUUCAGAAUAUACAGCGAACUACAUACAAAAAUACUAUGCAUCAUAUUAUGUUAAUCAUGAGCCUUUUAGACAGAAGAAAUGUCUCACAGUUAAAUUACAUGGAAGCAAUAUUAACCUUAACUUUGAUUGAUUGCCAUAAAGUGUAAAAUGCUAUUCUAACUGACAAAGAUCAACAAUGUCUGUAUUGAACAAGAAUUACGCUGUUCUGUCAUGGAACGGUAAUACAUCAUACUGAACUACAUGUGCUUUAUUUGACUGUACAAAAGGUUUUAACCUUUGAAGCAACAAUAUAUUUUUCUUUUAAUUUUAAUCUCAAUAUUCAAAGGUGCUGUUUCAUAUAACUGUACUUGUUAUCUGUUACUUAAGGCAUACCAUUCAGACAUGUUUUGUGUAUACUCAUUAGGUACUACAUGGUUUGUGUAUAGCUUUGAUCAUAAUGGGCAUUGAACCAUCAGCACUGAAACACUACACCUUUUGGUUGCAUAAUGAAUGACUAUGAAUGCUAAACACAACUUCUAUAAUCCCUAUGUUUCUCUUUUCCUGAAGGCACUGUUUACAAGUUUGCUACGAACAGUCAAAACCAAUGUCUUACUCAAGCUACAGCACAUACAAAAGACGAGGACAUUUUCCUUUCUCUACUAAGUCCAUUUCCCAUGUUGGACUAAUGACAUACAGUAUGCACAGCCAGAGGGCCUGCUGGCUACAAAGGAGCCAUCUGUCUGUCUUCCACAUACUGCAGGUGUCAAUGAAUUAACAAAGAGGAAUGGGCCAGAUCCUGAUGAUUAUAUUUAGAAUUAUUUGUUAUGGUGUUCAUUUUCUUCAUGAAAAAUACAUUAAUAAUUUGUUUAAUGGUUUCUGAUAUCUCAUGAUGUAUUGCUCAGUUUAAAUCUGAAUUGGUGGUAAAUGAUUGAUAAUUAAACAACAUCCAUAACCAU